UAAAUAACAAGAAACAUGCAGUUGCACAAACGAAAAGCAAAGCGAAAAUAUGGCCUGUAAAUUAUGUCAUAAAUGUGAAAGUGUUUUCCAGUUGCAUUGCAACAACAACAACAACAAACGCAAAAUCGUCCACGGCACGCAUGUGAAAAAGGAGUGCGAGUGGGUAGAAAAAAUCAAUUGAGAAAGAAAAAUUGCAUUUUCGCUGCCGCGGCCAAAACGAAAAUAAGUGAAAAAAAUAGAUAUAUAUAUAUAUAUUAAGUGCGUUCGUGUGUGGUGUGUGUGUGUGUAAGGAAACAAAGUGGAAUAAGCAGAGGCAAGCAGCAGAAAUAGCAAAAGGAGACACAGCAGCAGCAGCAGCACCAGCGAAGACGACGACAACAACAACACCAAGAGAAACCCGCCGCCCCAUCAGUCGAGACAGAGCGGCCAGUAAUAAAGAGCAGAAAAAAAAUGAGUUCAAGUUGUGAAAGAAUAGAAUGGGUAGAAAUCAUCGAGCCACGCACCAAGGAGCAUAUGUAUGCCAAUCUCACAACUGGCGAAUGCGUUUGGGAUCCACCAGAAGAUGUGCCAAUUAAGCGGACCGACUCAUCGCAGUGGUGGGAACUGUUUGAUACGAAUACGCAACGAUUCUACUACUAUAAUGCGGCCACGCAGAAGACCGUGUGGCAUCGGCCGAGCAAGUGCGACAUUAUACCGCUGGCCAAGCUGCAGACGCUCAAACAGAACACCGAUCCCAGUGAGCGGCGGGAGCAGACAACGCCCCAGAAGCAUCCACCGCCGCAGCAGCAGCCAACACAGCUACAACCACAGACACAGACACAACCACUGCUGCAGCAACAGCAACAGCAGCAGCAGCAUCUGCCACAGCAGGCAUCGCCCAUGUCAGGGCCAAAUAAGAAGGGGCGUGGCCAGCGUAUCAGCGGCGGUAAUGGUACAGUGGCCAGCUCCGAGGAGAAGCUGCCCGGCACUGGCACUGGCACUGAAAUGAUCUCUAGUCCGCGUGGACGCCAAAGCUUUCGCGUCGGCACAGGUGACUCAUCCCGCUCGAUGGACCUGCAGCAGCAGCAGCAGCAGCAGGCCUACGCCUCCAGACGUUCACAAGACUCCUGCAAUCACUACAAGGAAUCGGGCAAAUCCAGUGACUCGAGCCUGUCCAGUGCGCAUGGCUAUCGACGCUUCAACGAUGCGGGCAAUGGCAUAGGCGGAGUGCCAGCAGCAGCACCUGGCCACGCCGAGAGCUUGCGGCUGGGCUCCCUGCAAAAGCAUCAGCGCAGCGGCGGCAAGGAUAAUGGAGCCUUUGAAAUGUUGCAAGAGAGCGUCAGCUCGCAUAAUUUACCGCAUGGCACCACAACGUCCAACACAUCCUCAUCGUAUAUUGGUGGCGGCACGGGCACGGGGAUGGGCACUGGCACGGGCACGGCCACGGGCACGGGCAGUGGCAGUGGCUAUGGCGACAAGUACUUUGAUCAUCAGCUUCUGCCCAAUCAUAUGCAGGGCUAUUGCUCAUCCAAGUCAUCGGACAUUGCCUCGCCCACCCACUCCAUACAUACGCCGCAGUCGCAAAAGAAGAAGAUAUCGCCAGAUGCAGCGCCUACGGCCACGCCGUACAAUUACGCACAGCAGCAGCAUCAACAAAGGCACGCACAACGCACUGGAGGAGGUGGAGCAGGCGUAGGCGGUGGCGGCGGAGUUGCAGGAACGCCAGUGGGUAAAUCUUAUGGCGGAGAUCGCGAGUACAAAGUGUCGUUGGCCCGCUCCGGCAGCUUCAUGUCUUCCUCGAUCAAUCCCGCUGCCGCUGGACAUCACAGCAAAUCCUAUCGCAAGAGCAGCGCCGAAGCGGCCAAUGGCGGGGCAGCCAGCGAUGAUUCAAUGCACGAGAAGUAUUUCAAAUCGGUGGAGAAUACGCCACUGUCCAGGCGACGGCACACAACCAAUGCCACAAAGAGUGGCAGUGCGGGGGGCGGCGGUGCCAGUGGCAGCAAUACAGCCACAAGUACAGCGGGCAGCGGCAGCAGCAGCCACAAGAAGCACUCGAGCGACUCGAGUCCACAGAGUCCGAUUAGUCCGCAGACAAAGAGCUCGCGGCAGGCCAAGACGAGUGCCACGAAUCCGCUGCCCCAGCUGCAGCACUCGCCCAGGAUCCAGGAGCCCAGUCACAGUCUGGAUCUGCUGAGCCUCGAGCGGAUCACGCUGGGCAAGGCGGCGGCACCCAUCUCGCCUGGCGGCGGAGCAGGCACCGAGAAUCUGGGCCUGCUGACGCACUCUUCGCGUGGCUCCAAUGACUCUGCCCGGCAGCGCCAGAAGUCCAACAACUCGACGGCAAAUCGCUCGCAAACGCAUCAUUAUCCCGGCCAAGGAUCGCUGCGGCACAGCGCCAGCUCCAGCCUGGACAAGCGUGGUGGUGGUGGUGGUGGCGGUGGUGGUGGCUACCACCACAGCGGUGUGGCAGAGAAGCGACGCUCCAAGCAGCAGCAACAGCAGCAUCACCUGCAGGCGGAGAACAGCGAUGCAGAGUACGACAAUGGCAACACUUCGCCGCUGUACAGCAACUGGGAUCAGGAGAUGCCGCAUCUGUGGGAGAUGCAGCACUACAUCAUCGAGCAGGCGAAGCUCUCGGGUCGCUAUGACUAUCGCGUUGGCGAUGGCAACGACUCGGACUCGUAUCACUCGGACAGCCAGUCGGAGCAUUCGCUGUCUGGCCAUGAGCCGGACAACGAGGACUCGGAUGGCGGCUCCGAUACGCACGGUGGCUACUUGGAGCACAACUAUGGCAUGAUCGAGGAUUAUGCCAACAUGGGCGACAGUGCCUCCUACUAUGCGUAUCAGUAUCCGCCAUAUGAUCCUGCUGGCAGAGAGGAUAUUUCCGAUAAUGUGGAGGCUGUGCUCGAGGGGAUUGGCGGCAAUGCGGAACCCUCAACGCAACCCUCUGUGCCCAAGCCAAAGCCUCAGCCUCUGCCUCAGCCUCGCUAUCAGUUCGCACACUAUGACACCGUAUCGCACAGUCCCUCGGCCGGCGGCGCCUACCAUGGUCAGCAGCUUUACUCGAAUACCCCACCCUAUCAAGGUCAUGGUCAUGGGCAUGGCCAUCACGUCCAGCCACCGGCACCGCCGCAUCAGCAGCUGCAUCUGGAUCCGAGCGACUCCAAGCAGAAGCAAUCACAAACGCUGCCCUCGCCCAAUCGUCAAAUCUCGCGUCUGGCAGCAGCCGGCAGCCAUCAGGGAUCGGCAGCAGCAGCAACAGCCACAGCAUCAGCCAAAGAUGAGGCCAAUCAUGGCCCCCACAGCCAUAGUCUGGUUGCCGGACAACAGCAGGGCACGGCCGCUAGCUUGUCACGUGCGGGUGGCCAUAAGCUGGCACCGCCAUCGCUCAAGCCCACCAUACAGCAGAUCUUUCCGCCCAGCGAUCGGGCACCGGGUGGCAUCAAUAGCGGUAUGGGACACGGCGCCACGCUGGCCUGCAUGAAGGAAUGUGAUAUCGAGAAGUUUGCCGCCGACAAUCUGAAUCUGCACUCGAAGGGCAUCUUCCGGAAGAAGGCAUCGGUGCGGGAUAUGCUCAGUUGGACGGCGGAGGCCAUCAGUCGGCCCAUGCUGACCCUGUCGCGGGACAAGGCUGACAAGAAGACGGCCAUUGAGCUGUUCAAACUGGUCCAGAUCUACAUGGCUGAUCGAAAGGCACGCAUGGGCAUGAAUCUCAAUUCGGUGGCCAUUGACAUCAUCACCGCAUCCUUGCCGCAGCAACAAUUAAGGGAUGAGCUGUAUGUGCAGUUGUGCCGCCAAACGACGGAGAAUCCCAAGCGAGAGUCGCUCAUACGUGGCUGGGAACUGAUGGCCAUUUGUUUGUCCUUUGUGCCGCCUUCGCCCACCUUUCAGCCCACGCUGCUCAACUAUGUGAAUCGCCAUAGGGAUCCUUCGUUUGCCACCAGCUUCAUGGAGGUGUGCAAGUGGCCCAUUCAUGUGCAGAUCUCGCAUUAUGCGACAGUCUGCUGUCGUCGCUUGGAUCGCAUAGGCAGCAGCGGCAGAAGACUGGCCAAAAAGCCCACAGAAGAUGAGGUGGAACAGGCGAGGCAACAAAUCCUGCGGAACAGCAUGUUUGGCAAUACGCUGUCAGAGGUGAUGGACCUGCAAAAGGAUAAGUUUCCAUUUCGCAAGUUGCCCUGGAUACAGACCACACUGUCAGAGCAUGUUCUGCUGCUUAAUGGCAAGCAAACGGAGGGCAUAUUUCGCGUCUCAGCGGAUGUGGAUGAGGUGAGCUGCAUGAAGAAUCGCCUGGAUCGGUGGGAUGUUCCUGACUAUAAGAACACAAUGGUUGAUGCCCAUGCCCCAGCGAGCCUGCUUAAGCUGUGGUAUCGCGAACUGUAUGAUCCGCUUAUACCGGAUGCCUAUUAUGAGGAUUGCGUGAAUACCGAGGAUCCCGACAAAGCCAAAGAAAUAUUUACUAAGUUGCCCGAAAUAAAUCAGCUGGUUCUAACGUAUCUAAUACACUUCCUGCAACAAUUCUCCAUUCCGGAGGUGGUGAGCAAUACCAAAAUGGACUCCUCGAACCUGGCCAUGGUAUUUGCACCGAAUUGCCUGCGCUGCACAUCCGAUGAUCCCAAGGUGAUAUUGGAGAAUGCGCGCAAGGAGAUGUCGUUUAUGCGCACCCUAAUACUGCACAUGGACACCACAAAAGUGGAGAAUCUGGUCUAGAAUACAAACUACUACCUACCCUAACCCUACCUACCCUACCUAUCUACCUAUCUACCUAUCCCUAUAUGUAAACGUUAUUAACCUAUCCUAGCUUUACUCUACACCAAAAAACAAAAAAAAUCUUAACUUAAACUUGAAUUUCUACAAUCGGAAACGAAGGAAAGAAUCUUAACUAUUACUUUAAUGUUGAAACUCAUUUUGCUGCUCGCAUUUUCUCCAGUCUAAUUGCUAUCCAAAAACUCGAAUUUUAUUAUUAUUAUUAUUUUUUGUAUUGUCUAGGCAGCUUGUUCAGAACAAACAGCAGCAGCAGCAGCAAAUCACACACUCGAAAUACUCGAAGAACUUGCAACAUUUAGUGCUUUUUGAAACCAAAAAAAAAAAAAAAACAAAAACGAAAAGAAUAUGAAGAAUGAAAAAUGAAAAUAAGAUAACCAAAACUGUUAACUCAAUGUGUGCAUGCCUAGUUAUGUGUCAAAUUGUAGUUGAAUUAAUUUAAUUUGCAUUUCGAAUUAUUGUGUUUAUUAACUUUAAAUGGAAUUUAAAUCAAAGCAAAGGCAAAACCAAUACUCAAAGCAACUCUUAACUCUCAAAAAAGAAAUAAAAAUAAAAGAAAAGAAAAGCAAAGCAAACCUUGAACAACUUCUUGCAGAAGCCUAUAAAUAGUUCUAAAGUAAAGAUAAACCUAAAGAUAAAUAUAUAAAUAUAAAUAUUAAAGAAUAACAAAUCUAUA